AUGCAUAAUCAUGUUGAACCUGGUUUUUUUAAAAAGGUUACCCAACAAGAAUCUUAUCCCCUUUUAAAAGUUAAAGAAGAAAAUGCCUUUUUUAAUUUACCAAAAAAUAUAUAUACUGCAGUCGAAAAUCUCACUCCUAAAACCCGCAAAUUAAUCAUUUAUAACAGAAACAAUAAUUGUCAAGAAUCUUCAAUAAAUCAUAUUCAGGAACAAGAAAUUAUCAAUUUGAAUGAAGAGAAUGUAGUUGAAAUUGAUGAUA